ACAGGACACGCACCCAACCAGGGGUUUGUGUGUGUGUGUGUGUGUGUGUGUGUGUGUGUGUGUGUGUGUGUGUGUGUGUCCAUGUCUCUGCACACAUACACGCAGACAGAGAUGACCACUGAAUGUCUCAAGACUCAUGAUGCGGCAUGUCGUAGCACAUAUGGGGGAACAGGGCUUGUUGAUAUGCUUGUACAUUUUUAAUGUAUAUUUUGUGUGUUUUGGAGCUUGUGACAAAUGUACUGACUUCUUACGCUUCAAAAGACUGUGAUCUACUGCUCUUCACAAUUAGGCUACAGCAGGACAUCAAUCUGUGGUGUGGCACAGCUGAAAAGGCGCGAGGAGCCUGGAAGCAAGUAGGCAGGCACGCACGCGGCCUCUUCAUAUUCACCUGCGUUUCUGUGGCUCGUGCCGCUUUGAUUUCACUGCCUGGGCUCUUUGUCUGGUCUCAGACACACCGUGUGUGUGUGAUUUGCAUCGCGCAUGUGAUCCCCUCCCCUCUACAUCUUCCGGAAGAUGUAGCCCAGGAGUACGAAUGGCGUCAGAUGGAGAACCGGGCUGGGUUCUGACGUCUUUGUGAUGGAGCACCGGAGAGAGAACCGGGCUGGGCUGUGACGUUUUCCGCUUCACCUCGCUCCACCAGAAGAUACAGACAGGCGGCGGAGAGCUCGCGCUACUUCCCGUUCUGCAGCCAGACUUCACCGCUCUGUCUGCGGGAGAAUAACAUAACGGCGCGUUAGGCAAUUGUGCUAUUGCUGCCAGCCGGGCGUUUUCACGUCACGGGGGAUUAUUUGGGAGAAUGUUACAGUCACCGACUGCUGCUCGGCUCUGUUUCAUCGCCAACGGCGACUCGUGAAGGCCGUAGGGGGUGCUGAGGGCGCGUGGGGUUUAAUCUCUCCCGUCACUCCCAGCUGCGGUCUGCCUCUAUUGUUUUCCUCGUGAUGAUGUGAGUGAUGCGAGAUGCUAUGGCAGAGGCGGAUGUAGCAGGAACGGUGAGCAGGCCGGUUCCUCCUGCGUCCCCGGGCUCGGUGUUAGCUUUCCCGUUACCGUAUGAGGAGUACGAAUGCAAGAUAUGCUACAACUACUUCGACCUCGAUCGUCGCGCGCCCAAAAUCCUGGAGUGCUUGCACACUUUCUGUCAGGAGUGCCUCCACGCGCUGCACCUGCGGGAGGAGAGACCCUGGCGGAUCUCGUGUCCACUAUGCAGACACCGGACUCCCGUGCCAGACUAUCGGAUUCAGAAUUUACCCAAUAACACAAAGGUUACGGAGGACUUCCCGUUUUAUAUCGACUCAGACCCACUGCCGCAGGACGCGCUUCCCGCGAGCCCCCCUCCACUGCAUCCAGCUCUCAUCGCCCUCAGGCGCGAGGACGCAUCCGGUGCAGCGUCUGCAACAGUAACGACAGCCAGUGCGAGUCAGGCAACGGUCACGCCAACCAGUACCGUCUCGGCAGCCACCACCCUUUCGCGGGACUCCGUUUCAUCAGUGAGUCGCCGUUAUAGCGGAGAGGACUGUUGUAACGACUGCAAGCGGCUCGCGCUCACGACCGGCUGUGUUUGCGUCAUCUUCUCAUUCCUGUCCAUGCUCGUGCUCCUAUUCAUGGGCCUAAUUCUCGUGCACAGUCACGGCGGGCCACCCUCGCCCGCUGGACCGAUUUGCCUCUCAGUCGCGAGCAUCCUCGCCAUGGUCUCGGUGGUCGUCACAUGGCUCAUCUGUUGGUUAAAAUACAGACCGGAGCACGAGACAGGCCGUUCAUCCGCCACCAGCCACUCCAGCAGGAGGAACGCCUGACUGUGUCUGUGUGUGUGUGUGUGUGUAUGUGAGAGAGAGAGAGGAGCGUGACAGACAUAUACAGUCCUCUCUACUCUAUCCUCCUGUUUUAAAAAUGUCCUCCUGAAGAGUAGGUCAGCUCACAUCAGAGGAGAUUCCGUGUGUGUGUGGACACUGACGUCUUUCUAGUAAACUAUGCACUUGAACUCUCACAGUAAACAUUCAUGUUGUGUCCUCUGUUUAUAUCCACAAUUAUAAUAUAAUCACAAACAAACGUAUUCAAUAGCAAAUUAUUUAUUCCACUAUCUGACACUUCCACCUGACUGUCUUUAAGCCCUUGAGCUCCUCCUGUUUGGGUGUUCUGAUUGGUGUGUUUGAGUGUUCUGAUUGGUAUGUUCUGAUUGGUGUGUUUGAGUGUUCUGAUUGAUGUGUUUUGAUUGGUGUGUUUGAGUGUGUUCUGAUUGGUGUGUUUGGGUGUUCUGAUUGGUCUGUUUGAGUGUGUUCUGAUCAGUGUGUUUGGCCAGCUGGAGUUUGGAUGAACCUCACUGACAGACAGACAAUGCCACCUGGACCCCAAUACAGCUGAUAGGUGCCACCUGGGCACCAACACAGCUGGACUCUGGUGCCACCUGGGCACCAACACAGCUGGACUCUGGCCCACAGGACUCCAGGGCUUUGUCUCACUACAAUACCCAGAGUGUCUGUUUUCUAAUGUGGAAUAUUCUACAAAUGUAACUCAAUAAAACUCACAGCUUAGGAAACUCCUCAGUCUCUCACUCUCUCACCCUGUGAAGUCCUAACUAACUGGUGAAUCUCACCCUGUGAAGUCCUAACUAAUUGGUGAAUCUCUCACUCUGUGAAGUCCUAACUAACUGGAGUGAAUUGAACCUGUGUAUUGUUAACAUGCAUA